AUGUCUUGGCAAUCUUCAUCAGCUAUGGCUGGGAUCGGAGGAAUGCCCGCCAUGGAUGGUUCAAAUGGCCCACAAGGGACGGAAUACACAUUACAGGGUGUGAUGCGCUUCCUUCAGACAGAAUGGCACAGGCACGAACGUGACCGCAACGCGUGGGAGAUUGAACGAGCGGAGAUGAAGUCUCGCAUUGGCCGACUGGAAGGUGACCUGCGGACGAGCAAGCGCCUACAGGAGUCCCUCGGGAAACACGUGCGGCUGAUGGAGACUGCGCUCAAGAGGGAGAGGGAGAAGGUCAAGAAACUGUCAAACAACGAAAAGGUUGAAGAUCCCAAGAAUCCCAAGGAGACUGCCCGUGAUACUGUGAACUUCCUGAAAGCGCAACACCCAAAGCCCAGCGCGGACCGCGAGAACAACCAGGAACCCGAUAAUGAACACCAGCUUGAGGGUCAGGGUCAAGUUGAGGAGGACAUAGACAAAGUCCGAGUUUACCUAUCGAAGGCUUCCCAAGAAAUCGCCUACCAUGUUAUUCCAACCUCUCAUCCACCUCCUGAUAUGAACGACAACGACAUGUCAGGCCAGCUUUAUGGCAAUCCACAGCUGUCGCAGCAGAACCUCGAGGAGGCUUACCUUCAGCAACAGCGCCAAAAGGCAAACCAUGCUAUGGCGCGCGAAAUGGUGCUCCAGAACAACCAACCUGUGCCAAAUCAUUACUCUGACAAUGCCAUGGCUCGCUCUCAGAACCAGUAUCUUACCCGGGAUGCUAUGGAUCGACGAUCAAUCGACACGCAAGGAUCCACCGCACCUGUUGAAAACCGAAGCCAGGUAUACGAACAGGGCAUCGUGAACGAUCGCUCAAACCAGGCAUAUGAGGCCCAGGGCCCUCAUGUGGCCGUCAAAGAGGGCAUGAAUCUGCAAAAGUCGACCGAGGACAGAACCGAGGACGUGGAUGGUUGGAAUUUUGAUGAACCGGUGGAGCAAGAGCCUGUGGCUACUGAGAAAAUCCCGCCUCAUCGUCCGGAUACUGAUGCCUUUCCAAAAGCCAACUUUGUGCCCCCUGAGACCAAGGGCGGAUCGCUUCCUCACCGAAGGAAGAGCUCAGGGUCAAGGCGCAAGAGUGAUGGUGCGAUAGAUGCCCGAGAAGCCGGCGCAGCUUUUGGACAACAGCAAGAUUCCAAUUUCAAAGUCCGCUUUGCGCUGCGCGGCCACUUGGACGUGAUCCGGUCCGUCAUCUUCACGGGUGGCGGUAGCCCAUCAGAGCCUGAGAUCUGCACCUGCAGUGACGAUGGAACCAUCAAGCGAUGGAUCAUUCCGGCUACUUAUGGUGGUUUCGGAGCUCACGGUCCAGGCUCCAGCAAUGAUUUGGACAUUACAAGUUAUUUCACUCAUCGCGGACAUCAAGGCGCUGUGACCUCCCUGGCGGCCUGCUCACCGUCUCAGAACAUCUCCAAUGGCGGCCGUGUUAUGGGCGAUGGCUGGGUGUUUUCAGGUGGCCAAGAUGCCAGCGUACGUGUAUGGGAACGUGGUCGGGUCGAUCCCAAAGCCACCUUGGAUGGACACACAGAUGCAGUUUGGGGACUAUGCGUCCUUCCUGGCACUGUGGGCUCUGUCUUCGGCGACUCAAGCAGCCAUUAUGGUGGAUCCGAUCGAAUCCUUCUGGCUUCGGGCGCAGCCGAUGGGCGCAUCUUGAUCUGGGCCGUCAGCGCCCCUCCUCAAAUCGCCUCACCUCCGGCUGGAAACCGCCGUCAAGGCGGAAGCCGGCGGGCGAACUCAAUAUCCUCCGGUUCCAACUUCCCAACCUCUCCUCAGCCGAGUGUUGCAACUACCACAUCUUUCCACUACAGCCUUGUUCAUCACAUCAGUCGCACCGAUUCCCCUUCUCCUACAUGCAUCAGCCCGUUGUCCCUUGCAGGCGUUAACUUCGUUGUCUCCUACUCGGACGCAUCUAUCCUCGUCUACGACACGCGAACUGGCGAAGAGAUUGCUGUUAUGGCGAGUCUCGAGACAUAUGACGGGACGCCCUCCACCGGCGUGAACUCUGUCGUUGCCACAACCAUCGGCUUCGAUGGAACAGCUAAUCUUGAUCCCAACCGCGCAAUGGCCGAAGAAGAAGUGGUCCAUGGAGCUACUGGAUCAAGUAGCGUGGAGGGAGUAAUCAUCAGUGGUUACGAGGAUCGAUACAUCCGUUUCUUCGAUGCGAACAGUGGCCAAUGUACAUACACGAUGCUUGCUCACCCGGCUGCGAUAGCCUCACUGUCAUUGUCUCCAGAUGGGCGGGAGCUUGUUUCGGCCGGACACGAUGCAAGCCUGCGAUUCUGGAACCUUGAGAAGCGCAGCUGUAUCCAGGAGUUGACAAGCCACAGAUUGAUGCGUGGGGAAGGAGUCUGUGCGGUGGUAUGGAGCCGUGAUGGCCGCUGGGUCGUCGGUGGUGGCGGAGACGGUGUGGUCAAGGUCUUUUCCCGAUGA